GGAAACUCCCUCUUUUAAACGCAACUGGACGGACUGGCCAAUUACGAAACGUAUCAACCGUGAACCUUUGAUUGACAACUGUUUGAACCUAUUAUGGGGCAGAUAGAAAGAAACGACAUCCUCUGCGGAGUGUGUAUUUGUUGUGGCACUCUUGUUUCCGAUAGUUUGAGUUGUUGUGAUUGACAAAUGAUUCAUGAAAGACGCGGGUAAAAGCCCGGGUGAAUAAGAUUCGAUCUGUAAAAACUUAACUACUCAUGUUUGUCCUCCUUAGCAACGUUUAAGUAAUAUUAGCUUUUUGUAAUAUAAGAGUUUGUAGUUAUAUUAAAUAUGGUUGAAAAUGUAUGUUCACGUGGUAAACAAUUAGUAAACAUUUUUUAUGGAACCAGAAAAAGAAAUGUAAUUUGCUGAUGCUGAAAGAAAAAGACUUUUGCAUGAUUUUGCAAUUAAUAAUAAUACAAAAAUAUGUAUAAAAAUAAUAUAUAAUGUAUAUUAACAAAAUAUAAAUUAUUAAAUAACAACAAAAAGAUGAGAAAAUGCUUUCUGUAAAAUAUACACCAUAUGUCUCCAAUAGGCCGCUGUAUGUUUUUUUAAUAAGUGUACAAAAGAUGGGUCUGCCAUGUUACAAAUAAACAAAACAGCCUUGAUGUAACUUAGCAACUUGUGAACAUAGAUAUGUUUUUGGUAACAAAGACACUUUUAGUUAUCACACAUGGACAAGGAGGAAUUGUAACAAUGUGUAGAGAACAGACAUAGAAAUGACAAAUGACAUAGAGAUAAGAAUGCGGCUAGUACCUCAAGAAUAACUUUUUAACAAGAACAAUAAACUAACAGCUGUUAUACCAACUGACCAAGCGCAACAAAAAGGUGCCUAUAAAAUGGCAGAUCCAAUGGUUGACCACAUGACAAGACUGAGACUGAAAAUGCUGGAAAAGAGACUGGAAAAUGAGAGAAAUGACAACAGUGAACGAGAAGGUUCAGCAUUUUCCACAAGAAGUUAUGAUGGGCAGGGAUAUGCAUUACACAGUGCUAUGAGGCGCAAGAGGAACCUACUGCAGAGACUGAGGGAACAACAUAUGAUGGAAGAUCUAGAAAGGCCACACACGUGGGCUGGAGCUCACAAGUCUUAUAAUUAUAAACCUCAGCCUUGGCCUCCCCAGCAAGUGCCUCCUAUUCACAUCCACCAGAUUCCUGCGCCCCUUCCUCCAGCCCCUCAACCCCCUAGAAUCAUUCAACACACUGUUCCACAACAGCCAGCUACCAUAAUUCAGCAGUUACCACAGCAACAGCCUCUCAUAGCUCAAAUCCCGCCCCCACAGACCUCCCCCUACAGAUCAGGAAGUAUAAAAGAAGACAUGGUAGAGUUAAUGCUCAUGCAGAAUGCUCAAAUGCACCAGAUCAUCAUGCACAAUAUGAUGCUGAAGGCCAUUCCAUCAGGGUGGGGUGCCAGCCAAGUCACACCUUCACACCUUUCAGGGCAGCAACUUCAUUCAAAUGUGAAAGGAGGGGCCGUCCAUCACCACCAUCACUACGGUUCCCAUGGGCCACCUCUUCCUCCAAUUGGCUACUCUGUUUGGCCCCCUUUGAUGCCAGGUGGGCAAAGCGGGGCUUAUCAGCCAUCGGUGCAGCAUGUAAUUGGUCCAGUAACUCUGCCCCCUUUAAACACGAUGACGGUUAAUGAUGUGAACGCCAGGGCUCCACUUGGGCUCUGAGCCAAAUUGAAAGUGCAAAUCGAGCUGACAAAUCCUUCUUCACCUUCAAAGACAAAUUCGACAUUAAAUGUUUUGUAUUAUCUGGUACUUUAAUUUUGUAAUAAAUGUACAAUGAGUAAAAAAAAUGUUUAUGUAGUUUUGAUUUAUUUAGUGC